AUGUCCUUCAAAAACAGAUCGUCGGGAAAAGUCUUGUUGCCCUUUGGUCUAGACUACUCGGAUGUUCUUUCGCAAGGCCAGCAGACGGAAAAACCCCAGCAUCCUCUUCCUGUGCAUGGGCCUUUGACCCCAUUCGAAGAAAAUGCCGCCAAACAAGCUCUUGCUUUUGCCAAACUAAUGUACGACGGCCCUUUCUUCACAGGAUCGCCUGAUGAAGAGACAAACACCGGCCCCGCUCCAAUACAACGAUAUUCCGACAAGUACAAGAAAGUCAAGAAGGUGGGCCGUUCUGUUGACGAGUACCCAUACCAACUAGAGUUUUUCCCUGAGGAAUUGUACUCGGUGAUGGGAAUCACGAAAAAGAAAAAGAAGUUGCUCUUGUCGUCAUACAAGGCGGACGGAGGACUCGCACGUUUUGACGUGGCCGAAACGGAAGAACUGGCCCAGUCCAUGUUGGAGAAAUUGAAGAGUCUAGCCGAGGAUCUCGAUGCGGACCCACAAACGAACCAGAACGACGAAGAGGCGGAGGACGACGAUCCAGACGACGAAUUCGAAGAGGACGACGAUGACGACUACAAUGCGGAGAAGUACUUCGACGACGGAGACGACGAUAUGGGAGACGACGGCGACGACGAAGCUGCAUUUUAA